AUGCUUGAUCUUAAUCUAUUCCAAACAGAUAAGGGUGGAAACCCUGAACUUAUUCGUGAGUCACAGAGAAAGCGAGGAGCCUCGGUGGAAAUCGUGGACCAAGUGAUAAAUUUGUAUGAUGAAUGGCGAAAAGCAAAAUUUGUAUUGGAUGAAAUCAAUAAAAAAACCAAUGCCAUUCAAAAAGACAUUGGCAAAAAAAUGAAGGCAAAAGAAGACGCUUCAGAAUUAUUAGCCGAGAAAGAGCGUCUAAAUAACGAGAAGGAGCUCAAAACAGUUUCUGUAAAAGAGAGGGAAGAAGAGUUAAUGUCAAAAGCAGCAACCAUUGGCAAUAUUGUGCACGAUUCGGUUCCUUUCUCGUUAAAUGAAGAUGAUAAUAAGAUAAUUCGAAAAUGGGAACCUGCGGAUCCGGUAGUUGUAAUUGGUGAAGAGAAAAGAUUUCACAAGGCAGAGAAAAGAGACGGUAUUUUAUCACAUCAUGAAGUCUUGUAUCGAAUUGAUGGUUAUGAUCCUGAGCGAGGCGCUAAUAUAGCAGGACAUCGAGGCUAUUUUCUCUCUAAUGAUGGUGUGGAUCUUAAUUUGGCCCUUAUACAAUAUGGGCUUUCUUUCUUGAGAAAAAGAGGAUACAAAAAAUUGCAGACCCCUUUUUUCAUGAGGCGAGAGUACAUGGCGAAAACCGCCCAAUUAGAACAGUUUGAUGAAGAACUAUACAAGGUUACCGGUGAUAACGAUGAUAAAUAUCUAAUUGCCACCUCUGAACAACCUAUUUCGGCAUUCCACGCUAAUGAAUGGUUUGAACGACCUUCUGAGCAAUUACCAGUCAAAUACGCCGGAUAUUCAACCUGCUUCCGAAAAGAAGCCGGAGCACACGGCAAAGAUACAUGGGGUAUAUUUCGCGUGCACCAAUUUGAAAAAAUUGAACAAUUUGUCAUCAGUACACCUGAAACCUCGUGGGAACUUUUCGAUGAAAUGAUUGCUAUUUCUGAAGCCUUUUAUCAAUCGCUCGGCCUACCAUAUCGUAUCGUCUCGAUUGUGUCGGGCGCAUUAAAUAAUGCCGCGGCAAAGAAAUAUGAUUUAGAAGCUUGGUUCCCAUUCCAAAAAGAGUACAAAGAGCUGGUUAGUUGCUCGAAUUGUACGGAUUAUCAAAGUCGCCGAUUAGAGAUUCGAUGUGGCACAAAAAAAAUGGGUGAGCGAGAGAAAAAAUACGUUCAUUGUCUGAACGCGACCUUAUGUGCUACUGAGCGGGCGUUAUGUUGUGUGUUGGAGAACUGGCAGACUGCUGAUGGAGUAGUUGUUCCGCCGGUACUUCGACCAUAUUUAGAUGGACGCGAUUUCUUACCGUUUGUCAAGGAAGCACCAAAGAAAAAAUAA